UUUAUAAGCUCUUCAUUUUUAUCUCAUUAAGUUCUCCAUAUUAUUCUGAUUAGCAAAAAAAUUGGUACAAAGGGUGCAUCAGGCUUAGCUUCUGGUUUAGCAAAUUGCAUUAAUCUCUCAAAUUUGAGACUUUAUCUACAUUACAAUGAAAUUGGUGAUGAAGGCGUAUCAGGCUUAGCUUCUGGUUUAGCACAUUGUAUUAAUCUCUCAAAUUUGGCACUUUAUCUUAGUGAAAAUUAAAUUGGUGCAAAGGGUGCAUCAGACUUAGCUUCUGGUUUAGCAAAUUGGAUUAAUCUCUCAAAUUUAACACUUUCUCUUAGUGAAAAUUAAAUUGGUGCAAAGGGUGCAUCAGGCUUAGCUUCUGGUUUAGCAAAUUGCAUUAAUCUCUCAAAUUUAACACUUUAUCUACAUAGCAAUAAAAUUGGUGCAAAGGGUGCAUCAGGUUUAGCUUCUGGUUUAGCAAAUUGCAUUAAUCUCUCAAAUUUAACACUUUAUCUACAUGAAAAUUAAAUUGGUGAUGAAGGUGCAUCAGGCUUAGCUUCUGGUUUAGCAAAUUGCAUUAAUCUCUCAAAUUUAACACUUUAUCUACAUUACAAUGAAAUUGGUGGUGAAGGUGCAUCAGGCUUAGGUUUUGGUUUAGCAAAUUGCAUUAAUCUCUCAAAUUUGGUACUUUAUCUACAUUACAAUGAAAUUGGUGAUGAAGGUGCAUCAGGCUUAGCUUCUGGUUUAGCAAAUUGCAUUAAUCUCUCAAAUUUGGCACUUUAUCUUAGUGAAAAUUAAAUUGGUGCAAAGGGUGCAUCAGGCUUAGCUUCUGGUUUAGCAAAUUGCAUUAAUCUCUCAAAUUUGACACUUGAUCUUAAGUAAAAACAGUUUAUUUGUUUUGGAUUGUGA